AUAAACCGAGGAGUAAGAUGCAUUGGACAGCUUAAUGGACAUCUUGGGUGCCCCUGGUUGACUAAAGUGGUCUCUCCCGUUGUGCCUCUCUACAAUGGCCUGGUGUUCCUCUUCGUCUUGGCCAACUUCAGCAUGGCUACCUUCAUGGACCCUGGCGUCUACCCCAGAGCGGAUGAGGACGAGGAUAAGGACGACGAUUUCCGGGCGCCUCUCUACAAGAACGUGGAGAUCAAGGGCAUUCAGGUCCGGAUGAAGUGGUGCGCCACCUGUCACUUCUACAGGCCGCCUCGCUGCUCGCACUGCAGUGUCUGUGACAACUGUGUCGAGGACUUUGACCACCACUGUCCCUGGGUGAACAACUGCAUUGGACGGAGGAACUACCGCUACUUCUUCCUCUUCCUCCUCUCUCUGAGCAUCCACAUGAUGGGAGUUUUUUCCUUCGGCCUCAUGUUUGUCCUCCACCACAGAGAGAGGCUAGGAUCGCUGCACACGGCCGUCACUCUGGUGGUGAUGUGCAUUGCGGGGCUUUUCUUUAUUCCAGUCAUGGGACUCACAGGUUUUCACAUGGUGCUUGUGGCUCGAGGUCGAACAACCAAUGAACAGGUGACCGGCAAGUUUCGUGGAGGAGUAAAUCCCUUCACCAGGGGUUGCUGUGGCAACGUGGAGUACGUCUUAUGUAGUCCUCUGGCACCUCGGUACGUGCUGGACCCCAGGAAAAAGCCCCACGUCAAAAUCCAGCCUCCGUUCAUCAGACCCGAUCUCUCAGACAGACAAAUAACCAUUAAAGUCAGCGACAACGGCAUCCACAGCACCAUCAUCAGCUCCAAGUCCAAAAGCAGCCUGGAUGAUCUGGAAGACAAAGACACUCAGCCGCCGCUGCCUCCUAAAGCUGACAGGUACAACCAGCUGAAAAACCAGCUGACAUCCAGCGAAGAGAGUUCUCUUUCUGGUAAAACGCACCCAUCCACUCCAGCGAUGUACAAGUUCAGGCCAUCCUUUGGCACCAUGCCUAAAGUCCACUACCACACUGCUGGAGAGAAGAUUACCAUGCCGGAUGAUCGGAGGACGUCAGCCAUCUUGGAAGAGGGCAUCCUUAGUCACGACUACCGAUCCGAGCCAAACCUCGAUCUGCCCGAGUACACCAACGCGACCCUCCACCGCACUUUCCAGUCCUCUCCACUCCAGCUGGACUCUGAGCCCGUCAGCUCGCGCUCCGUCAGCUUAAAGCAGGGUCACCGCAGGCUGGAGAAGGGCCAGCUCCUCGUCCUGCAGCCUCACACAGCCACAUCCACGCCCUACAAGAGUGUCUUCUCACCUAACACGCUCUCCAACCGCAACGGCAGUCUGUCCUAUGACAGCCUGCUCAACCCUAACAUCUCUCCAGCCACUGCCAGCGAAUGCAUGGCCCACCGCGGCAUGCCGUCCAUGGGCUUCCACUCGCCCUACCUGCCCACCAAAAUGUGCCACAUCCGAGAGCCUGAAAUGCAGAGGCACCAGGUUGCCCCCGUCGUCUACAGCCCGGUGAUGCCGCAGAGGGGGGUUGGCAGGCAAUCCCCGCACCAAAGGGAAAGGGACCCAUCACCAGUGCGCUAUGACAACCUCUCUCAGACCAUCAUGGCCUCCAUCCAGGAGCGAAAGCAGAUGGAGGAGAGGGAGAAGCGGCAUAUGCUGCGUGGGCACUCUCAGACUCACAUCUAUGCCCAGGACUCUGGCGUGUUUGAUGGGGGCUAUGGUUUGGCACAUAAUGCUUGCUAUCCAGAUGGGCCUCGUGGCCCUGGCUCCAGAGGCCCAACGCCUCCAGCCUACGGAGGCUCCAGGGACAACCUGGUGGGGGUCGGGCUGUUAAGCUAUGGCCAGCGGACCCCCGUGUUGCGCCACGCGGGCUCCGCACUGGGCCGCGCCCCUAGGACUUCAUCCACGUCCCUGCACACAGAUCACAGUAGUAGUAACAGCAGCCAGAGCAGGGUCACUGGCCUUGAGGGGCCCUAUCGCUCCCCGGCCCACCAGCCCCACUCCCCCGCUAUGCCCCGCUCUCCCUCCUACUCUCAUCAGAAAUUCUCCUACAUCAGCGCCCUUGAGAGGACAGACUCACCUCGUCUCGGGGGCCCAAGAGAGGCCAUGAAGGUUAACGGGCAGACGGACUGCCACCACGGCACCCAGGGCGCCAACCUCAGCCCCGGCCGCCACAGUAACGUCAAAAAGGUGACAGGUGUGGGAGGCACCACAUAUGAGAUAUCUGUGUAGGCCACCUCCAGUGACCACGGCCACUCCGUUAUCGAGAGAUUCUCUUGUUUUUGGUCUUGACGACGGAAGAAAAGCACCCCGUUUUUGGCGGUGCAGUCCAAUCUGAGGAUGCGUCCGCUCUUGUGUAGGUGUGUCUUGCCAAAUGCCUGUUUGUUUGUUCCUGAGGGAUUGGUUGUCAGGUGGUUGAGACUGUACUGUAUACGUGUGUGUGUGUGUGUGUGUGUGUAGUGUCUUGUCAUCUUGGUUGUGAGAGUUUUCAGACGUGUUUACGUGGAUAAGCAUAUACGUUGUUCCAAAUGUCACGCAAGGCGCUGGA